GUACUUCAUAUGUGCUAAAAACAAAUAUGUGUGUAUGCUAUAAAAAAGAUUUAUAGUAAACGGUAUUCUACCGAGACCCUUUAAAUAUACACGAGCCGGCGGCUGUCGGUCUCUUUCAACUCGAACUGCUUUGCGACUUAGACGUCUUUUAUCAACAGCUCCGAAAUCUACCAUCGUGUGGUUUAAUUAUCAAAAGUCGGUUCCCGGUAAUUGCUCAGUUCACCUCAGUAAAACCUAUUCGCGGAUAUAAAAGUUGGCGACGAGAAAAGUGAACGUAAAAUAGUGCGCGUGUGAAAACGAAACAAAAAUCGCGAAUUUCGCUGGUGUGAACUCUAGCCGGACAGUGGUUGUGUUUUCCCCCUUGGUGAAAGUGGGCUGUGUGAGAACAAACCAGCGGCGGCGAAUUCACCGUAGUGCCGACAACAGCCGAUUGCAUCAGCCAGUCUCACUCUGGGACCGUAUCAGCAGCAGCAGAUUUCGUGAUACGAACAAAACGCCGAAUCUCCUGCAUUUUUCGGACCGCCGGCGGUAGCAGAUUACAGCAAGCGGAUAAAGUGUUCGUUGGUCACAUUGUGUCGACGCUGCAGCGGCGGAUUAGCCAUCCAGGGAAGGCUGCGAAUUGCCGGUCGACGACGCUACGGAUUUCGUUGGUGGCGGUAGGAAUUAUUUGUAACCCGCGAAGGGCGUUUCGCAGAAGCGGUAGAGGUGUAGAAGUCCAUCGGUACGGCUCGGCAUUUUUGCAGCUGUUAGGCCGUUUCGUAGUGUGAAGACUCGUUCCGUCUGGAAGUUGAUUGUUGCUGACUGGCCGUGACGUUUGCGGUGACGAUUUCGUUGAUCAAAGCCCGGACUACCGGACGAUUUUCCUUCCUCUUGCUGGAGUGUGCGUCCGUCGUGACCUUUCUGGUGAAGUUGCCAGGUACCGGAAAUAGGUCGAAUCGCCUUUGAAACGAUGUCUCACGUUGCGCCAAAUAUUGAUCCGUACCGCAAAGGACAAUCGUUUGCGUCAUGGUUCAAGCGCCUAGGAUACCAUUUUCGCGUGAAUAAAGUAGAAGAAGCGGACAGAAAGGAUCAAAUGUUCUUACUUGGAGGAGAUUUUUUGUUCGAGGUAGCUCAGAGCUUGUACCUUAGUGAUGAGUUACUCGAUGCAGCACCUUAUCAUGAAUUGAUCGAAAAGCUGAAACAAAAACUGGAUAAAACGGAUUCCGCGUUAAUCCAACGUUACAAAUUUGGCUCCAGGGUUCAACAACCUGGUGAGACAGCCAGUGAUUUUGUUUUUUCGCUGAAACUCCAAGCGGAAUACUGCAAUUUUAAGAACGACAAGCAGGACCGCAUAGUAGAUCGCAUUUUGAUUGGUUUGUCGGAUGACAAUUUAAAACAGAAGUUAUUGGCUGAGGAUAGCGAAAAACUUAACUUGGCUCAGGUUGAGAAGAUGGUGACAACAUGGGAAAUGGCUACUUCCAAUGCGAGAGCAUUGACACAGGACGGUUCCUUAGGGCAAAUUGCUUCCAUUGUUGGUGGGCGAGGAGCUCUCUUGCAGCGUGUAAAACAGUUAGCUCAAAACCGAGGACCAGUCAAAAGUCGACUAGGUUUCAAUCCUCCGUCCGUUUCUCCUGUACGAGGUAGUCAGCCUAGCGCAAAUUCCUAUGGCUACAACGAUUGUAGAAACCAUACUUCACAAUCCAGACAGUCCAAGCAAGUGCGAUUCCAAGAACAUCGGAACAGAUACCAGGGUGCAAGCAAUCAGCGAGCGGAUAGCAGAACCGGUAGGCAGCUGGUCUUCGAUCAAAGGGUGUGCAGCUAUUGUGGGGUAGUUGGACACGUCCGAAGGAAGUGUUUCAAGUUGAAACAGUAUAAGAAAGACCCGAUCAACAACGUGAAUAUGGAGGAGCCUGAGACUAGUACCUUGUCCAGUAUGAUGAAUCGUAUUUCCUGGGACGAAAAGAGUGAUGAUUCUGAUAAAGAUUACGAUUGGAAGCGGUAUAAUCACCACGGCGCACCGAACUCAAGUUAAGCUCAUAGACGAUGCGGACGGCCGUGCGCGAAGAAGGAUGGUGGUGCAUGUCGAUCGCACUGUCGAUAAUCCUGGUCCAUCACUGCCAUCAUCACCGUUACCAUCAACAUCAACACCACGAGAAACGAGUCACGAGGAAGAGCCGAGCGAGGAGCCUUUCCGGGGUUUCCCGGAGUGCGAAUUGCGCGGUGUCGAAUCUCAAGUUGUUAAGCCGAAUCGAAAGCGGAAGUCUGAUGCCAACCUGGUGCUCGAUGGCUUGCCGAGGCGGUCGAAGAGAACAAGAAGAACUAAUCAUAAAAGUGAAUUCGAAUAUUUUUAAUGUUAAAUGAUCCAAUGAACUGUUUGUUAAAAUUAUCGAUAAAAUGAAAUUUUGUAAAAUAAUAGAUAAGCUAUUAGCUCGAAAAAAGGAAGGACUAAUAUGUACUUCAUAUGUGCUAAAAACAAAUAUGUGUGUAUGCUAUAAAAAAGAUUUAUAGUAAACGGUAUUCUACCGAGA